AUGGCUCAAAGCAGCCAUUUAGCCAGGACAGCGUCUGCAUCAGGCCCAAGACAAGCUAUUGAACCCACUUCUUGUGGGACAAACUCAGAGAGCCUGCCUGGAUUCUACUGCCGAGAGAGACCGAAGGGAGAACAGGAGAGAUGUGUGGAUCUAGAUUACAGUUCCAUGAGCUCCCACAGUCCUCAGCAUCAAACUUCCCACAGUGAUGCACACAAUGAAGCUGACUUGAACAGUGGGACAGAAGAAGAGACCUCUGGGUAUGAGAGUGAAGAAGGACAUUCCCAUUCUCCAACAGUUCUGGUUAAUGCAGCCUCCACAGUCCCAGCCUCUCCUCCACCAGGAAGAAGACCUCGUACAGCCUUCACUGCAGAGCAGAUCAACAGCCUGGAGCAGGCCUUCAAAAGGAAUGCCUAUCUGGGAACACAAGACAAGGCUGAACUUUGCAAAAAGCUCAAUCUCUCUGAUAAGCAGAUUCGCAACUGGUUCCAGAACAGGAGAAUGAAGAUGAAGAGGACCGUGCAGGAUGCCUUGGCUCACGCUUGUCAGGCAAAUGUAGCGUCUCAUUUCAUACAUUAUCCUGAGCUGCAGUCCUACAGACCAUCUCCUUAUCCCAGGUUCCACUCGUCUGCACAGGACAGCUCCCUCACUCCCUUUGUGCAGCCACAGAGCCUGCAAUACUCUUCUGCUCUCAGUGGAAUGUCCCGGGACCCUCUGUACCAGUACAGCAGCCAUGUCAUGCUGCCCUCCACCUCUUCGCCACUGAUGGGAUCGUACCCCUCAUAUCCCCCAUACUACUGA